UCAGUCUCCGGUCACACGGUUAAAUCGAUUGUGCUCCUGUUCUUCCUACCGAACUACCAACCCCACAUUUCAAAAUGAAGUACCUCGCUGCCUACCUCCUCCUCGGCCUUGGUGGAAACACCUCGCCGUCCGCCGACGACGUUAAGGCCGUCCUCGAGUCCGUUGGCAUUGAGACUGAGAGCGACCGUCUCGACAAGCUCAUCUCCGAGCUUGAGGGCAAGGAUAUCAAUGAGUUGAUCGCUUCCGGUUCCGAGAAGCUCGCCUCCGUUCCCUCUGGUGGCGCUGGCGGCGCUGCUGCUGCUGGCGGUGCCGCCGCUGGCGGAGCUGCCCCUGCUGAGGAGGCAAAGGCCGAGGAGAAGGAGGAGGAGAAGGAGGAGUCUGACGAGGAUAUGGGCUUCGGUCUCUUCGACUAAAUGUCUCAUUGCGUCAAAAUGCCAAUCAAAAAUUGCUCUCCGUGGCUGUGGUGAGGAGUAUCCUGCCGCACGAAAGGGAAAUUGGAAGUUGUCGAGC